AUGGCUGUCGGAAAGAACAAGAGAUUGUCCAAGGGUAAGAAGGGUUUGAAGAAGAGGACCGACCCAUUCGCCAGGAAGGACUGGUUCAACCUAAAGGCGCCCUCUACCUUCAACAUCCGCGAUGUCGGUAAAACUCUAGUAAACCGCACGACUGGUCUCAAGAACGCCAACGAUGCCCUCAAAGGCCGCAUCUUCGAAGUCUCCCUCGCCGACCUGCAGAAGGACGAAGACCAUGCGCACCGCAAGGUCAAGCUCCGAAUUGAUGAAGUGCAGGGCAAGAAUUGUCUCACCAACUUCCACGGCCUCGACUUCACCUCUGACCGAAUCCGCUCGCUCGUCCGCAAAUGGCAGACUCUGAUUGAGGCAAACGUCGUUGUGAAGACGACCGACGACUACCUUCUCCGACUGUUCGCGAUCGCCUUUACGAAGAGGCGGCCAAACCAGGUCCGCAAGACAACGUAUGCGCGGAGUUCGCAGGUCCGGGCGAUUAGGAAGAAGAUGAUGGACAUCAUGCAGAGGGAGGCGCAGGCGUGCAGCUUGAGCCAGCUCACCACGAAGCUCAUCCCGGAAGUCAUUGGGCGCGAGAUUGAAAAGAGCACGCAGGGCAUCUACCCGCUGCAGAACGUCCACGUCCGCAAGGUGAAGCUGCUGAAGCAGCCCAAGUUCGACCUCGGCAACCUACUGUCUCUGCACGGCGAAUCGACCACGGACGAUUCGGGCCAGAAGGUUGAGGGCAGCAAGGAGUUCAAAGAGCAGGUGCUCGAGAGCGUGUAAGCGAGACACAAGGACGCCAACGAGACGAGGCCGAAGUGGUGUUGCGUGCGGCAUGGGGAGUUCAAAGGCUUUCUACAUAGUCGGCGGC